CUUCCGUCGUAGAUCGCAAGAGGCCCCGGCCCUUCCAAAAUUGUCACUUUCUCCCUUCUCAGCUCUCAACAUCCCUCAUGACUCACGCUGUGUAACGGGAGACGUUUCCCUGGAAUGAAGGGCCUGUGCUUGUGUUUAUCAUAUACUAGGCCUUGCACGCCCACUUAUCACCACGUGGGGGAUCGUCGUCCUGGGUAGCUAAGCUGAUCUCACGCCAGAAUGUCAGACUUUGGUGAGAAGGUGAAAUGGAAGAGGGCGAGGGCGCCCAAAGUGAGAUCUGGCUGUAGAACUUGCAAAAUCCGGCAUCUCAAAUGCGAUGAACGAAAACCCACGUGUUUCAGAUGUGAAAAGGACAAGCGGACGUGCGACGGCUAUAUCGCUCCCCCAGAAAGCAAACCAAAGACAAAAUCUCUCGCUCUUCACAGAAAACAGUAUGACCUCAUGUCCCGCCGCCUCGCGACAGCCUCAAAGCUUCUCGUCCCAGCAGCUUUAUCCCCAGAGACAUUCGGUUCAACGAUAGAGUUGGACCUCUGCCACCACUUCCGCACAUACACGGCAUCAGAACUCGCGAGCUCACUUAACGCGAUGAAUUUCUGGCACGCUUAUGCGUUGCCGCUCAGCCAGACUUCAAAACCCGUCAAGGCUGCCAUUGGGGCGUUGGGAGGGGCGCACAAGGCGUUCAAGCUUCAGACCCAGACUGACUCGCUAACGCAAUCCCUUGCUCAAUCUUACGAAAUCGCAUCUAUUCAGCAGUACAACAAUGCUAUUCGAGUAAUGCAAGAGUAUAUGAACUCACCUGACAAAGACUUUCAGGUUAUUCUAACAUGUUGUUUAAUAUUUAUCUGCACAGAGAGUCUUUACGGGCGUUACAAGAACGUUACGCGGCAUUUGGAAGCGGCAUUCUCGCUAUUGAACGCCUGUGAUCGAUGGGAUCUGGCGAAGUUUAUGGAAAACAUUGGCCCUUCGUUGUGCGGCCUGGCCUCUGACCUAUUCUUCUACGUGGGGGACAACCAUUCCCCCAAGCUUGUCUCGGAGAUUACGGAAUGGGCUGAUAAGCAGGAUCCGAUUGAUCUAGAAGUACCAGGCGAACCUUUUACUUCUGCACAGGCUGCAGCUGCGGCACUGACACACGUCGAGACGCUUUGCGAUGUGGAGAUGUACGGCGAGUGCCUAGAUUGCUCAGAUGGGAAGCUAUGCGGCGAUGGCGGGGUUUCAUGCGCACAACGAGAUAGAGAGUUAGUCUCAGAAGCAUUCUACCAUCACUGGAGCGCACGAUAUCAAGCUUUCAGAAAGACAUUUGAUCCAUCCAAGGCCUCAGAGUCAGAGCUGUUUCGCUUCAAAGUACUCGAGUGCGAAGAGACGACAUGGCAGGCGACUUUCAAGCUCAACCACAUCGACGACGACCUCGAAACAGCAGAUUGUAUCGAGAUACUGAAGAAGGCGGAAGAGGUCAUCAAGAUGACGCAAAGCGACAAGGGUCAGAUCUUUACAUUCCAGGCGAAUCUGGUCCCUCCAAUAUCCUACGUUAUAAUAUCAUGCCAGGACACGAGCGUGCAAUGGGAGGCGGUGAGGCUUCUAAGGUGUUUGGGGAGACGGGAGGGCGUUUGGGAUAGUAGGAGGAUGGCGGAUAUUUACACGAAUAUGAUUAACGCAAGAGCACAGAAGUUACUGACGUGGGAGGAAAUUCCGGCCGAUGUGCCACAGCUGACUGAGCUCCUUGGGUCGCUGAAGAUGUGAGGGCGUUAUUACAACAGCAAUAGACAGAGUCAAAAUAAUAGACUUGUACACCACAUACCUCCACAACCAUGCCAAGUUAUCUCGUUCGGCAACUUCAAGCCGACUAUUUGGCCGUUGGCAGUAUUGGUUAGGCAGUGGAAAAGAUGGCUUUACUCCUCCGAUUGAAGCCAAAGGAGCGCAGAGACUCAGAUUACCAAUAGACUAGCACUGCUGUAGCAGGCAGCUGUUACAUAAUGAUGACACAAGGACUGGUAAAGUUAACAAG